UUCACACCUUGAAACUCUUUUGGUUCACCUUUAGUCACCUUCCUCCUCUACUUCAUCUGGCCGGAACAUUUUUCACGGUCAAGAGUGUGUAAUCGCCAUUUCAUCGGCCAGUUCAGUAGUGCAAGAACUAUUUGCAGAAGAGAACAAUGAACUCCCCCACUUCCAAAGCCAACGGAGAACAAUGAACUCCCCAUGAUUGACGACAAAAAAUACCAAUACAAUUACAACGGCCGAGAAAUUCCAAAGGAUGCUCUCAAGAAACUUCUGAAGUAUACAAAUUUGAAAUCGAAAACCAAUGGCAAAGAAAUCGACGUAGAUAAAGGUCUGCUUUCGGUCAUUGUUUUCGUCUCUGAGAGAAAAAGGCUUGAAUUGCUUCACAUAGCUCUCCGCUUUCAGAGCCCGCCCAAAGUUGAAGUUUUCUGCUUAGCUGAUAUUUUCGGUGUAACCCCGACUUUCAAUAACGUUUGCUUGGAAGAUAGUGGUUGCUUUACUGAUAACCAUCUCAUCUAUGUUAGCACCAAAGAACCAGCUAAGGAACGUCAUCAGCCUUGGACUGCUGUUUAUCAAACCAAUCUCCAGAACGGAGUAACUGACCGUCUCACACCACUAGGUAUAUAUACCAUGUCUUUUUUAUGAUGAUACUGAUUUUCUUAUCACUGACUAUACGUGCAUCAAAUCAGGGACUGCUGAUUUAAGCCCCUAGUUGUCACCGUCAAGAAAGAUGAUAGCUGUGGCAUCAUUCCAAGGAAAGGCAGGUGGUUGGGACGGUGAAAUCGAAGAUCUAAAGACUAACAUUUAUAUCAUGGAUAUAAUGUCACCUCACACUCGGAGGAUGGUUGUAAAAAAUGGUGGGUGGCCGACUUGGGGAAGUCACAAUGUCAUAUUCUUCCACGGUAAGGAUGAACCAAUAAUUCAUCCAAAAGGCGUUAAAGCAUUUUGGAGUGUAUACCGGGUCGACAUUAGCAAUGGUGUUGUCAAACGGGUAACCCCGCCAAAUUUUGAUGCGUUCACUCCGGCCGCCAUUGAUGCGAACAGAGUGGCUGUUGUUACUGUUCGUAAAGAGUCACAGGGGUUAGGCGCAGCACGUGACGUAGACCAGUUUAGACAAAUUGAGAUAUUUGAUUCAAAUAUGUACGGACAAAGCACAAAAAUCACUCAAUAUACUAAAUCAUCAAAAGCGGAUCACUUCAACCCAUUUCUGAUCAACGGUGGGAAGCUCAUUGGUUACCACCGUGGCAGGAGCGACAAACUCUCGUACAAAGCUGUGGAAAGACCAUUUCAGACGCUUGACUCCUCACUACCAGACGUAGGUCUGUUCAGAGUGUCAGGAGUGUUUCCAACAAUUUCAAAAGAUGGAAAAAGGCUUGAAUUUGUUGACAAUGAGUUCAAAGCUGUGUGGGUUGCUGAUGGUAAUGGAUUGCAUAUUGCGUACGAGGAGGAUGGUCCGGACAGACUCUUCUCCCCAGUUUGGAACCAACGUGAUGACACAUUAUAUGUGUGUGUUGGACCUUCAUUUAACAUGAAAAUGAAGGUGAACAUCAAUGCUAUCACCAACGUCUCAAAGUAUAGACGUCAGUGUUAUGCGCUUACAGAUCAGUACAAUAAUGCCUUCCCAUCCAGCAGUCCAGAUGGGAAGAAAUUAGUAUACCGAUCAACAGGGAAAGAUGGAUUCAAGAAUCUAUACAUAAUGGAAGAUGAAAAACGAGGGGUGGUCAAUGGAAGGGAACCAAGACGGCUAACGAAAGGGAAAUGGACUGAUACACAUUGCCAAUGGUCGCCAAUGGGAGAUUGGAUAGUAUUUUCGUCAACCCGUGACAAGCCUGCAGGUGCACCAGAAUCAGACCAGGGUCUUGACCCAGGAUACUUUGCGGUGUAUCUAGUGAAGUGGGAUAAUCCAGAUGUUUUGGUAAGAGUGAUGACAAGUGGAAGUGAUAUCUCAGGGCAUGUGAACCAUCCCUGCUUCAGUCCCGAUGGAUGUAGCAUUGUUGUGACUGCAGACCUUGCUGGCGUGUCUGUUGAUCCAAUAUCUUUACCUCUAUUCGAGCAUUCGGUGAGGUCUUAUGGAGAUAUUUUUUCCAUCGACCUUCCCGAAGAUCAUCUAUUAAGGUACCAGGAUGGAAAUUACAAGAAUGAAAAACAUAUUCGGGAUGUGAAAAAAUUCACGCGAAUUACACACAGUAAGUACGAGUACUAUACUGCUACUUGGACUAAGUUCGCGACUCAGGAUCCAAAUAGAGCAUGGAGUAUGCGCUUGCCAGCAGGAGACUUCACUCCUUCAUGUCCUUACAAGAAACGAGAUGGAGGAGAAAGUUACCACAUGACUGGCCACCUGCUCCUCCCAAGAAGAUGUUGUUCCAUGUCAUUUAUUCCACCUGUGUGUUUGGUUUGUUUCUCCAUGUAAGAUUUGCUUGUUGUUUUCAAACUGGAUUUGCAAUAAAUGAAACUUAUGAAUGUCCUUUUGCUACAA